GUGCUUCCGGAGGUAUAUACUUUCUCUUGAAGUUCCAACUUCACAGUGACAUGGCACCUCAGCAGAAGGGAAAGCAAGGUACAAAGGGGGCGAAGCAAAUUGUUGAGGAAAAUGCCGCCACCCUCAAGUUCUACAGGAAUAUGGCCUUCAUUUCUCAGUCAGUCUAUAUGGUGGUUAUGAUACUCCUUCCGGACACCUUUACAGGGCUAACUAUUACAAUGUCGAUUAUGACAAUUCUACUUCAUAUUGUAAGCUUGCAAUUUAUGAAGUUCAUGGCCAGGGCUCAGUAUUCAGAGUCUGGUGCUCUUAUCGACAGUGGUACUGAUUUGAACAUGGAAGGGGGGCUCUCAGAGCAUAUCAAAGAUCUCGUAAUUCUAUCUUCCGGAACCCAACUUCUAGCUCUCCUCAGUAACUACUUCUGGCUGCUGUUGCUUCUGGUGCCAGUCCGGGCAGUCUGGCUGCUCUGGGGUUCAGUGAUAAAGCCCUGGAUGGAGCAGAAGAGUGAGCAGCCAGAAGUGGAUGAGAAGAAGCAAAAGAAGAUGGAACGGAAGAUGAGAAGAAUGCGUUAGUGGAUAUUCUUGCAUUUUUACCUGUAAAUACUAAGUUAAUAAAAUACUUGUUGUGAAUUGUA